GUCCACGGGAUAUGUAUCAUCACUGGUUCACACGCUCUUGCUUAAAGAUUGGUGUGGAAUUAAGCUCUGCCCGGCCGGCAGUGUAACGGUGCAAGCUUGCGAUGGCUCGAUCAUGGGCCGGGAAGGGUGGGGCUAUGGUGCUAUCCUUCUUCUUCCUGCUCCUUGUUUCGACUGCCGUGAUGGCCGGUCGAGUCAUGAAGGAUGCCGGACCGGCGGCCGAGACUUAUAAGAGAAAGAUGCUGGAGAAUGGCCUUGGCCGUACUCCACAGAUGGGGUGGAACAGUUGGAAUCACUUCGGCUGCAACAUCGACGAGAAAAUGAUUAAGGAAACUGCUGAUGCACUGGUGUCCACUGGUCUCGCAAAGCUAGGAUAUCAGUAUGUCAAUUUAGAUGAUUGUUGGGCCGAAUCGAGCAGGGAUUCACAGGGUAAUUUAGCUGCCAAGUCAUCAACGUUCCCCUCAGGCAUAAAGGCCCUUGCAGAUUAUGUCCAUGCAAAAGGGCUAAAGCUUGGAAUUUACAGCGAUGCAGGGUUUUAUACAUGUAGCAAACAGAUGCCUGGGUCACUUGGACAUGAAGAUCAAGAUGCAAAGACCUUUGCCUCUUGGGAGGUCGACUAUUUGAAAUAUGAUAACUGUUAUAAUGAUGGCAGUAGUCCACAGGACAGAUACAAUCCAAUGAGCAAAGCUCUUCUGAACUCUGGGAGAACAAUUUUCUUCUCUCUAUGUGAAUGGGGCCAAGCUGACCCAGCGACCUGGGCACGCGGUGUAGGAAAUAGUUGGAGGACAACAGGAGAUAUUCAAGACAAAUGGGACAGUAUGACAGCUCGUGCUGAUGAGAAUAACAAAUGGGCAGGUUAUGCAGGUCCUGGUGGAUGGAAUGAUCCCGACAUGCUUGAAGUUGGCAAUGGUGGAAUGACAACAGACGAGUAUCGCUCACAUUUCAGCAUAUGGGCACUGGCUAAGGCUCCUCUUUUGAUUGGGUGCGAUGUCCGUGCAAUGAGUGAUGAGACUAAGGAGAUACUAAGCAACGAUGAGGUGAUUGCAGUCAAUCAAGAUACACUUGGAGUGCAAGGGAAGAAGGUAAAAGGGGAUGGUUCUGCAGAGGUUUGGGCUGGUCCGCUUAAAGGUGGUGGGGUAGCUGUGGUCCUAUGGAACCGGGGAUCAUCACAGACAUCUAUUACUGCAAAUUGGUCCGAUAUUGGACUUGAUCCAUCAGCUGUAGUUGAUGCUCGCGAUGUUUGGGCACAUUCAACCAUAUGGUCCGUUGGAGGGAGCAUUACGGCCACAGUGGAUACUCAUGCUUGCAAGAUGUAUGUCUUGACACCAAAGUGAUGCUCACCAUUUCUGGAUGUUAGGAAUAAUGGUAGAAGACAUCAUUGGUUUUAGUUUGAGCACAUCCAGAUUCCAGAUGUGCUACUCUCGUGGCAACUGUACCUAAUUUUCACGAUGUUAUUCUGCCAUCUGAUAUUAAUCGUAUGUAGAAUAAAAGAGCUUUUAUGCUCCUAAUUGGCAUCUGAUUAAAUUUGAGGCACCUUUGUUCUUCUUGUUUA